AUGUCGUGUGUCAGAACGGCUCGAACGGCCCAGGGGAAAUUUAGCCUACCUCGUAGCCAUAUAACCACUCCUCGUCCCCUCUCUUUCUACUCUUCAUCUAACUUGAAGAUUCGCUCAUCCAUCACAAUGGUUCAAUUUACCCCCCAACAAAGCCGCUCUUUGCAUGGCACAAAUUCUACAGAACCCAACUAUGAUACUGCCAACCCCUCUUACAUUCGCAAGUACUUGCGCACUUACGGUCUCACUCCUCCUCGCUCCGAAAGCUACGAAACCCAAAAGACUCGGUGUCUCGCACAGUUGGGCCUGAAGAACACUCCCAUCGACAAAUUCCUCUACCUCCAAUCUCUGCGCAAGAACAAUGUCCACCUCUAUUAUCGUCUUGUGACCGAUCACUUGCGGGAAUUGACUCCCCUCAUCUAUACACCGGUCGUCGGUGAAGCUUGCCAACGGUGGUCUGAGAUCUACCAACAGCCCGAGGGCAUGUACCUCAGCUGGGAGGAUCGCGGAAACCUCGCUUCCGUCAUUGCCAAUUGGCCUCAGUCAAAUGUGGAAAUCACCGUUAUCACCGAUGGUUCCCGAAUCCUCGGACUCGGAGACUUGGGUAUCAACGGUAUGGGUAUUCCCAUUGGCAAGCUCUCUCUGUACACCGCAUGUGCUGGUAUCCGUCCUGAGGCCACUCUACCUCUGACUCUGGAUCUCGGUACCAGCAACAAGGCUCUUCGUGAGGACCCCUUGUACAUGGGCAGCCGUCGUGACAAGGUUAGCCCGGAGGAGGAACGCGAGUUCUUGGAUGAGCUGAUGAUUGCUCUCACCGAGCGCUUCCCUGGUAUUGUCAUCCAAUUCGAGGACUUCAAGAACCCCUUCCCCGCUCUCGAGCGCUACAAGGAUGUCUACACAUGUUUCAAUGACGACAUCCAGGGUACUGGCGCCGUUAUUCUUGGUGGCGUCAUGAACGCUGUCAAGCGCUCCGGCCUACCAUGCAAGGACCACCGCGCUGUGUUCAUCGGUGCUGGUAGCGCCGGUGUCGGUGUCGCCAGGGGAAUUGCCGAGUUCUUCAUGCGCGAAGGCAUGAGUGAGGAGGAGGCCCGUAGCUGCUUCUACCUCGUCGAUACCAAGGGUCUCGUCACCGCUGACCGUGGUGACAAGCUCGCUGACCACAAGGUCUACUUUGCCCGCACUGACAACAAGGGCCAGCAGUGGAAGACCCUCGAGGAGGUCAUCGACCAUGUGCAGCCCACCAUCCUGAUGGGUCUCUCGACUCUGGGCGGUGUCUUCACCCCCCAGAUCCUGAACAAGAUGGCCGACUGGAACGAGUCCCCCAUCAUCUUCCCCCUCUCUAACCCCUCCUCUAAGUCCGAGUGCGACUUCGAGGCCGCCGUCAAGCACACCGACGGCCGCUGUCUCUUCGCCUCUGGCUCUCCCUUCCCCAACUACACCUUCACCAACUCCAAGGGCGAGACAAAGACCUACUACCCCGGCCAGGGUAACAACAUGUACGUCUUCCCCGGUAUUGGUCUCGGCAGCAUUCUGUCCAAGUCCGUCCGUGUCACCGAGAACAUGAUUUACGCUUCCGGUGCCGCUAUCUCCCAGGCCCUUACAGCCGAGGAGCUCCAGCGUGGCCUGUUGUACCCCGACAUCACCCGUAUUCGCGAGGUCAGCGUCGUCGUUACUCGCAAGGUGAUCCGCGCCGCCCAGGACGACAAGGUCGACCGCGAGGUCACCCUGCGCCAGAUGAGCGACUCUGAUCUUGACAACUGGAUCAAGAGCCGUAUGUACGACCCUCACACUGAGGUCCGCUCCCUGGAACGUGAAGUCGGCCACCUGCUUUCCAGCUUGGGCACACAAACCCCCUUCGUCCUGUCUACGAACGGUUCCCCCACCGAGGAAAAGAACGCUAAGCUGUAA